AUUUACUAAUAUUUAUGAAAGGUUAAACAUGGUCAUUCUUAAACUAGCUAGCUUUGAAGAAGCUAUCAAAUUAAAAGAAUGGAUAAAUGCAACGGAGGAAAAGAUUCAAAUGAUUGAGAAAAAUCAUACUUGGUUGCUAGUGGAUAGACCAAGCAAUAAGAAUAUCAUUAAACCGAGAUGGAUCUACAAGACCAAGAUGAAUAUAGAUGACACUAUCAAUAAACUUAAGGCCAGACUUGUUGCAAAAGGCUACCCUCAAUUGCCUGGUGUUGAUUUUUCAGAAACCUUUGCUCCAGUUGCAAAGUUGGAUACUAUAAGGCUGCUAUUAGCCUUAGCAGCUUAGAAAAGUUAGAAAAUAUGCCAA